ACCAAACAAAAUCUCCUCUUUUCAUUUCAAUAUUUAUUUUUUAUUUUUCUCUCCAUUAUUUUUUCUGGUAUAAAACGUUGAAGAAGAAACAUUCUUCUUUCAUCCAUCCACCAAGGAAAUAUCAGAAAGAAGAGUAAUUUCUUCUUUAUCAUCUCUGUGGUAGGAGUACUUGCUUUUAAGGAAUCGCCUCGACAAACGAGAACGAGAAGAAGACGAGUGAAAGUUGGGAUUAAUUUAUGGAAUCGCUAUUGGGAGGAAAGAUGUGGGAAGUUAUUCCAUUUAUGACCAUGUUUCUAAUAGAAGGGUGUACAAUUGCCUUAACUAUAACAGCAAAAUCAGCUAUGGGUUUAGGAAUGAGCCAAUUUGUGUUUGUGGCUUACUCUAAUGCUCUUUCUUCUGUUCUUCUUCUUGCUUAUUCUCUCAUCUAUCAUAGAGAUAGUAUGAAGAAGAUCUUCAAUGGAAAGCUUAUCACACGAUUCUUCCUCUUGGGUCUUAUUGGGAUAACAAUAGCUCAGAACCUUGCAUUUACGGGGUUACGUGACAGCUCACCAAUAGUUGUAUGUGCAAUGGGACUUUUACUACCAUCCUUUCAGUUUUUCCUCAAUCUUAUUCUCAGGAAAACUGAGUUGAAGUUGAAGAGCAAAGCCACACGCAUGAAGUUAGUGGGAGUUGUAGUCUCUUCGGUAGGAGCUUUAACGGUGGCCUUGUACCUUGGACCGUCCAUGCUACCAGGACCUAUUAUUCGUCCUCUCAUGCUCCAUGGUACUAAGCUUAACUUCGUCUUCGUCGCCACUACUCAAGAAUGGAUGUUCGGCACUUUAUUGCUUGCUUGUGCUACAUUUUUCAUUGCAAUUUGGAGUAUGAUUCAGGUUUCAACAUUUAAAAGAUUUCCAGAUAUGAUGGUGAUAGUAACUUGUUACACUAUUUUUGGAACCCUCCAAACAUUUUUUGUGGACAUCAUUGCAAAUGGAGAUUUGAAUGCUUGGAAAUUACAGAUGGACUUGGAGCUCCUUAUUAUCGUCUUAACAGCCAUAUUCGGGACACUAGUCCGUAGCAGAGUCCAAGCAUGGAUCAUGAGCUUAAAGGGCCCGAUGUAUGUGGCCAUGUUCAAACCUGCUGGGAUUUUUUGGGCUAACUUUUUUGGCGAAAGCUUUUUCGGUACUCUUUGUUAUGGAAGUGUGAUAGGUACAAUAGUAGUAGGAGUGGGCUACUAUACAGUAUUGUUGGGAGUGAAGGAAGAAGCUAGAAAAGAUCAAGAGGAUUCUACCAAGUUUGAUUCAUCAGACAUCAAGGCUCCUCUUUUGCAAAAUCAAGAUGGAGAUGAGCAAGUGUGAAAAUUAUUCCUGCAUUUUCUACCAAUAAAACUAGAAAAAAAAAAAAACAGUUGCAGGUUCAUGAAUUUCAAAGCUUGGAAGGAGAAAUUUUCUUCCUUUUUCCUGUUUAAUUUCUUAAUUGAUUGGGUUUGGAGGAAGAUGAGAUGAUGUUCAGGCUGAUGCAAAAAUUUGUAAAAUUAGUGGAAAUGUGUAUUAUCUUGUCCAAAUGUGAAGCAGUUGUAAAUAUAUUAUGAAAAUGUGUUACCCGAUUUUUUGUGGGAAUAUUGAGGUUAAUCAUGUAUCUCUUUCUCUCUGUACUUAGUUUGGAAGUAUGGGAAGUUUUCUUGAGUUGAGGGUUAGCUUAGCUUCCCUCUUCCUUAGAACUUCAUCGGUUGUAAUUUUAUUUUGAAGUAAGUAAGAAGAAGAAAUAAUAAUAUGAGUUUCUUCUUUUGAA